AUGAAAAGGUGGGGCGAUUGGGGGUGUGCUGUAAGCGAGGAGGUAAGAGCGAGUUAAAAUAUAUACGGCUAUUGUUCUUUUCCAGAAAUGUUACAGGUAUAUAACCUCGCCAAGAGGAAGGUGAAAGUCAUCAGUCCACGGACUUUCGAAUUACCUCGAGGGCCCGCACGGAAAGGUAGGCUUCGGAUUUUAACUUGCACUUUAAUUUUCACCGCUUUUCUUAAGAUUAAAAUCUUUUUGUAGAUGGAACGCGACAGUAAGGAGCAGCUCCGCGAGGCCGAGUCCUUCAAAAGACUCACUUUUACGGCCAUCGCCAUCUCCACUGUGGCCACAUUGACCGCCAUCAUCGUGGUUCCCAUGUUGUACAACUACAUGCAACAUGUCCAAGCCACAUUGGAUGAGGAGCUGGAGUUCUGUACCCACAGAUCAAACAACCUUUGGGAACAGUACAAGGGUAUCUUCGGAGAGCACUUGGCUCGUGAAAAAAGAAACGCUGUCCGCAAAAACGGUCAGAUGAGACGCCGUGCCACUCACCGUGCUCGCGGUGCCGGAACUUAUGCCGAAGAAGGCGGAUACGGAGGAGCCUCAGCCCCAGUCGCCGCUGUCCCAGUUGCUGCCGCCAGCUACGGCGGUGAAUCUGCUGUUGGCGGUGGAAGCGCUGCUGCUGGAGGAUCAUGUUCUUGCGGAGUUGGCCAAGCCGGACCACCAGGACCACCCGGAGAAGAUGGAAACGACGGAAAGGACGGAAACGCUGGACCUGACGGAGAGCAUGGCCCUGAUGCCCCAGCUGAUCAUCAGCCAUCUCCUAAUGACUUCUGCUUCGACUGCCCUGCUGGCCCAGCUGGACCACCAGGGAAUGCCGGGCCUAAAGGACCAAACGGACAGCCAGGACAGCCCGGUCCAGACGGACAGCCCGGAAACCCAGGAACUCAAGGACCACCUGGCCCAGCCGGACCACCCGGAAAUGAUGGACAACCCGGACAACCUGGACCAGCCGGUCAACCAGGACAAGUCAACGAUGUCCCCGGAAUUCCAGGCCCACCUGGCCCAGCCGGACCACCCGGUCAGCCAGGACAACCUGGUCAACCAGGUGCUCCAGGAAGCUCUUCCCCAGGCCCACAAGGACCACCUGGAGAUGCUGGAGCUCCAGGAUCCCCAGGACAGCCAGGAGGCCCAGGACAAGCUGGUCCCGAUGGAGAGGCCGGAAACGGAGGUGGCUGCGACCACUGCCCACCACCACGUACCGCCCCUGGAUACUAA